AUGGUGACGGCAGAACACGUGGUGACCACGAGCACUGUGGAGGCGGGGAUAGGGGCGUGUCGCUCGAUUGCGCGCACGACUCGGUGCCCCGUGUGUGUGUGUGUGGUGGCGCAGGUGUGCAACCGUGGCGAGGUGGUGAGCGUGAAGGCGCUGGGGGUGCUGGCGCUCAUCGACGAAGGGGAGACGGACUGGAAGGUCAUCGUCAUCAACGCCGACGACCCGGAGUUUAACAACAUCAACUCGCUGGCGGACGUGGAGAGACUGCGGCCCGGAUAUCUGGACGCCACGCGCAACUGGUUCCGAGUUUACAAGAUUCCCGAGGGCAAACCGGAAAACUUCUUCGCGUUCGACGGCAAAUUCAAAGAUAAGGACUUUGCGGAGGAGGUCCUACAGUCGACACACCGCUUCUGGCGAUCCCUCAUCACCGGAGCCACCAGCCCGGGCCAGCUGGACUGCACCAACACGAGCGUGGACGGAAGCCCCUUCAAGCGCGACCAGAAGACAGCGCAGGCCGCACUGCAGGCUAACCCUCCCCUCGGUGCUCCCAAAAGCAUCCCAGUCGAGGUGGACAAGUGGCACUACCUGAGCAGGUAGGAGUGGCAGAAGGAUGUUACUCCAGGUGGCGCUGGAAGACGGUUCAAAUCGUACGGAAGACGGGCCCCAGCAAGAAUGUCAAGACUCCGUUGAUCAUGCACGGGUGGUAGCAGGUUUAAUUGCGUUUUCACAAGGGUGGUGAUGUGCACAAGGUGUUGAGAGACAGCAGGACUGGCUAACAGUCUCGGCUGGAUAACGAGCUGUGGUGUUCCGCGAGCGUGUGGUUUUGCACGAGAGGCCGCGACUCCACAUCCGUCAACGUCGUUAAGGCUGCGAUUUCGUCACGGACGUUUUUCGUAAAAAAAAAAAUCACGGCCGAGGUGCUGGGAAAAAUUAUAAAACUAUUUGUGGACACGUCAUGGAACGUGGUGCGGCAAAGCAUAUUCCUGUUUCGAAAAUAAAAUGUGUGUAUUUGUGAAUACAAAAAAAGUCAUCGCUGCUCAGAAGUUAAACAUUUAAUUUAAUCAAGUGGCUAUUUUAGGUAAUUUGCUUUUUCCCCCCCCUCUUUGAAUAGACUAUGAUAUAACUGAUUCAAAUACAUUGAAAUACGGGGAUGUCAUAGGGACAGCGCCUACCACCCUCCCCCCAUAACCACGGUCUAGAAAUCGGUAAUUCCAUACGCGUGAUGUAUGGCAGUUCUUCAAGGAAAUAAAGGAAGGGCCCAAUGUAAUGUUUCUACAGUAAUUUCCAAGAUUGCGGUGAGGGCUUCGUCCAAAUUCACCAUUUCUGUGACCCCCUGCUGACCUCCGUGAUGAAACCGUUGCCUUGGUGAUUAACCACGAACACGCCGAUGGAGAUGACCGGUCGGGUUCACGUGGACCCGAGGCAGCGCAGUCACUGCCACAGGUCGUUCCUCGAGAACACUUGCAGAUUAUUUAACGAUUUUUAUAAAUUGGUGACGUAAUAUAUGAUUUUGUCAUGGUGAGAAAGGGAAAGGUGUUGUCAAUAAAGUUUAUUUUAAAAUGUA